AUGGCAGAGUUCGAGAGCCAGAUCAAGCAUAGGACCAAGGAGCUGAAGAACCUCUUCAGCAAGGGAAUAAGGGUCGUCGGUCAGUCCUGGAAGAAGGGCUGGUACAAGGUCCGCAACAUCAGGCGACGCUAGCCGCCACCGCCGAUCCAACCUUCUCUCUCUCUCUCUCUCUGGUUCUGUUUUCUCCCCCUUUUCGUUCUGUCUGUGUUCUUGUAAGGUACUCCUUCCCUGCUUGUUUUCCCCAUGGGAUCUACGUAUAUGGUCGACGUGUGUGCACAGUGAAUAUAUAGCACUGUAGGAAAUAAAAAUCAUCCUUUCCCUGUCCAUUCCGCUCCGAGAUUGAUGGUCCUGAAAACAUGAUCUCUCAGUUCCCAGAAGAAUGGUAAGAUUCUCUACGAUCCCAGCUUUUUUUUUUUCUUCUCCGGUUUCUAGAUCCGUUCCCUGCCGUCUGCAAUCCAUAAUCAUGGAAUACGCUGUCGGAGAUCAUUAGCUUGAUCGCUGCUAAUGAGAGAUCCAUGAUAAGAUUGCUUGCCCAUUGCUCUGUAGUCUGAUGAACAGAUGCCUGGUUUCUUCCCUGCCAGCGAAGGAAAUUAAACUGGGCUCCUCUUCUCAUCAACAAUUAGAGCCAAGGAUUGAAUCGUGCGAAAUCUGGGCUCUUUACUUCCCCCUUCCCAUGAAUCUGCCGAGUACAAUCUGAAUGAUUCUGCUGGUUCAUAGCUUGAACUGAGGUUACCCAAAUGAGGCGAAGAACAGGGCAGGGAAGGGUGAGCUUUAGUUAUGCUUUCCCGAUAAACCGCUUCCAAUCCUCUGGAAGAAUAAACCGCUUCCGGUCCUAGAUUAAUUACCUUGGCCCUGGGUUCCUGUGCUUUGACUCUUCUGUUGGUUAGGCAUCCGGAUAUGGAUCUAUCCACUGGAGAUCUAGCCCUCAGGAUCUUCCCAUUUACUGGAGCCCCACGAACCAUCUGAAGCCAUUUGUUUCGGCUUUAUGUGUAGAAAAUGACGUGAAAACUCAUAAGCAAAGUAAGCUGUUUUCUGAAGUCACCUGUUUUCUGACUUAUGUUAUCUGAUAAUAAAACCCAUAAGCAAAAUAACCUGCUUUCUGACUUCUGUUAUCUCAUAAUAAAAACCCAUAAGCAAAGUAAGCUGCUUCGAAUCAAGCUGAAAAUUCUAUGGCCUUUUGCCAAUUCGCCAUUUGUUUGCAGAUUCCAUAUGUACAGUCAUAAACGAAAGGAAUAUCCCUUCCUGGCCAGCUAUGACUUACAGAGAUGGCUCCUUUUCGAGGACUGCAUGGAUUCAGCAAACUCAACGAUCACAGUUGAAAAUUUUCAAAGUCCUGAAAUAGAAGAGGCAUUUUAGUACCUUUAGUGUGGUGAUCGGUCCGUUGACAGGGAGGGUGUCAUACGCAAAUGCAUCUCCAAAGAGAUUUGAUCUUCAAUUGUGGACUAAGACGGGCGCAAAUGCGAAAGUCUCUUCAAAUCUGAUAUUUGUAGGCCUUGUUGCUGCAGAUUGAUGACAAAAUUCAACCCCAAUCAUCCUCCUAUCUAUCAGAAUCUACGUUCGAGAUUCUCAGAAUCUCUCUCGUUGAUUCGUUCACCUCUAUUCCAUCUGUCUUCAGGCUCUCAAGGUAA